AUGUUUAUCGCGAGUGAAGUAGGGAAGGCACCUCAACCCGCACCUCCACCCGCUUCCCCAUCUCCGCUCCUAUCCCAGCCCCCCCUCCACUCAAUACUGCAUCUCCAAACCCGUCAACCUCCUACCAGCACAGCAGAUCUUUAUCUCAACACCUCCGACAACUGCACUGCCGAAUCAACAAAUGCAUCACUAGUUUUCAUACCAGAAACAGCAAAGCGCAGUCCAACAUCAUAUGAAGCAUCGCCAACUCGCAUAAUCUUAUCAGCGCUAAAGACAAUACAGAGAAGGGUUUUCCAACUCACGAGUGGGAAAGAUGUACAUAGUGCAAGCGGAUGUUGCGAAGCUAAAGAGGGGUUCCCGUAUAUCUCCGGCGGGGAGGAUAGAAUGGGAAAUCAAAUCAACAAGAAGGAGGGUUUGAUUGUUCGGGAGUGUGGAUUUGGAAUUUCUAUAUUAUUUUGUGUAUGA